AUGUCUAAAGCUUACGACUGUGUGGAAUGGAAUUUCCUGGAAAGAGUCUCGAUGAAGUUGGGGUUCCCAUGCAACUUGGUUAAUCUCAUCAUGAAGUGUGUAACCUUAGUUUCCUUUUCUGUUUUGGUGAAUGGUAACUCUAUUGAAUCUUUCCUUCCUUCUCGAGGAAUUAGACAAGGGGACCCUUUGUCUCUUUAUCUAUUCCUCUUAUGCACUGAAGCUCUAAUUGUUUUACUUAAAAAAGCUGAGAUGGAGAGAACCAUGAAGGGUAUUAAAAUCUGCAGGGGAGCACCUAGUAUCAACCAUAUGCUCUUUGCUAAUGACUCCAUUGUAUUCUGUAAUGCGGAUGUGGCCAUGUCAAUUAACAUUCAAGCAUUGUUGAGGAAGUAUGAACUAGCCUCUGGCCAGAUGAUCAACAAACAAAAAACUGCUAUGACCUUUAGCUCUAAUGUGCCUACAAAUAUGAGAGAAUCAAUUAUGGCUAUGUGGGGUGGGAGUAUGGUGCAACAAUACGAGAAAUACCUUGGGUUACCUCCCAUAGUUGGGAAAGCUAAAUCUGUUGCCUUUGCUGAAAUUAAAAAUAGAUUGGCCCACAAUGCUUCAUACACUUGGAAAGGAAUUUGGGAAGCUAGAAAUAUGCUGCAGAAAGGGUGUCAAUGGAGAAUUGGGAAUGGAGCUAAGGCACGGAUAUGGCAAGACAUCUGGGUUCCAGGCCACUAUUCUUUGUUGAGUGAGGAGUCUGGUAAUGUUGAGAGGGAUCUCUCUGCAAGAGUUGUUUCUUUGAUAAAUGAAGAGACACAUUGGUGGGAUGUUUUAAGGGUUAGAGCUCUCUUCAAUCCAAAAGUAUCUUCAGACAUUCUGAAAAUCCUCCUUAGUCCUGGCCAACAUGAAGAUGUAUGGAUGUGGAGGCAUGAGAAAAAUGGGGUAUUCAGUGUUCGAAGUGGAUAUAGGUUCUUCAAAGAUCUUUCAAAACAAGAAGCUACUGAGAGCUCUACUGCCAUCCUAGACUAG